UCGAGCAGCCUCAGCCUACGCCGUAGCACCUGCAACAUGGCGUCGCCACAGGAAGCCGACGAGGAGACCAAGGCCGCCCUUGAACGCCGCGCCACAGGGGGAUUCUCCCGAGCACCUCCUGGCCUCGAAGAGCACGAAAAGGAGUCGGCAUCAUCAUCUGAUCAAUUGUCUAUACAAGACCUCGUCGAGCAACAGCUUGGAAUGAGGAAGUCCACCCACAGUGAACGGAAUCAAGAAUGUAGACAAGAGCUCAACGUUUCCCAAAGAGAUGAGGACACGGUGAACGAGAGUCAAUUACUGGCCAGGGAGCGGUUUUGUUCUUUGAGAAGCACUCCCAAGAACCAGGCAAGCCAGUUCUCCAACACAGCUGGCAGCAUCCAAGCCCGUUCAAGCAGCGCAGCGUCCUCAGACUCACUGUCAUGGCCAGAACCAAAAGGCCUGCUGCUUCCAGUGGGCUUUCUUCAGCAAUCAAGAAUCGAUCUUGGUACAAUUUCUCUGGGAGUGCCGCAGAAUGUUAUUCUUUUAUUGGUAAAUAUGACAGAAAAAAAACGGCGUUACCGAAUUCAACAGCUUCACUCAAGCAUUGGUGGGCGCGUACCCAACGAAUUUGAGACUGUCACCGCCGAAUUUUCAGGCCAGCACACCGUGGCUGGUGGAUGUGUUGCUAAAAUUCAGGGCUCUUUCCUUUCCUUGAGUCCUGGGGCUGUUGAAAUCACGGUCGGCCUUGUGGCCGAGGACAACGCUGGCGGUGGGGAUCAAAACCAACCCACCGUGAUUAUGGUAGCUCAGGUAGAGCCGCCAUGCAUUAUCAUGGAGCCUUGCCACACCACAAACUUCGAAGGUCUGCAUUUGGAAGCGGAACAAAGCAGCGAAACCAGCAGUGCCAGCCAGGAAGUCACGGUUCUCACAAAAGGUCCAACGCUAUGCCCUCCAUAGUUGUCAUACACGGGGCUUCUUGCUUGUCAUCUAGGGGGAACAGCUGCAAAGCUCCGAGUCGACUCUGGUGAACCAUGAUGCUGAUGGAGAAUGGCCACCGGUCAAAAGAUGCCGUUCCAGUCUAGAGAAGGGUGGCUUUGCGCUGUCAUCUGUGGUUUUCUAGCAGAAGUCUUCGGAGGUGGCCUGCAGCGGUGUGGCCUAAACACUUGCAGGAUGUACUGCGUGCAGAAAGAUAAGGAUGGCGCCAAAUAUCGGCAUGUCCUGAACAUGCUCUGCCAUCCGGAAGAAGAGAACACAGAUAGCGCUGAGGACAGCAUCAUUUUGUCAAUGCUAUCGCUCUCCUGGGCAGACACUUUUUGAUGGUGGUGCCCAAUUGUUUGGUAAAAUACUUUGGCAUGAACAACAUUUGUUCUGUUGUAUCUUUAGUUAAAAGUUAUUGAUUUUCUAUUCACUUUAUGUCGGAAUCCUAUCGUUCUGCAAAAAGAGGUGAUUUGAAGUUGUGCCGAAUUGUCAGCUAUCGUGCCCCCAGGAUCACGAUCACCUCAAAAAAAAAAACAAAACAAAAAAAAACAGAAAAACAAGAAAGAUUGCAGUGACUCCACUGCGUGUGGCGGUCCUGGGCAUGAAGCUAAUUUCGUCCUACUUUACGGCUGUCACAGCAUUUAGCUGACAUCGAGCGGUUUGUCAAUCUCCUUUUGAAAGGGAGCCUAUUGCAAUCAUGAUUGGGGAAAACAAUCGUACUUGCCUCGCCUGCGCUUAAAUCACAUUACUAGGCACAUUACUGGGUGGUUCCAUUUCCUUGCAGUUGAAUAAAAAAAAUUUGUGAUACGCCGUCCCUCAGAAUGCUUGCAGGACCCUUUGCUAUGUCUAUGUGUUGUACUUCUCGGCAUG